AAAAGCCAGCUGAAAAGUUUCAGUUCUUCCCUUCGCAUUUCUCUCUCUCUCUCUCUAAAAAAUCUCACACAUUUCCCGAGAUUACCUGGCCGGAAAAAGCUGCUUAUUAUGAGUGGCCGGCGAGAUUCUCCGGCAGCAAUGUGGAGUAGAAGGAGUGUUAGUUGUGUAGUUGCUGCAUUUGUGUUACUUAACUCUUUAGCAUCUCUGGUUUCUGCUCAGGGAUCUGGUACCAGCUGGAAAACACUUAGCGGAAAUCCACCUUUAGUUAUAGCACGCGGAGGGUUUUCUGGGAUAUUUCCAGAUUCUAGCUCAGCUGCUUAUCAAUUGGCAUUGAUCACUGGUGUACCUGAUCUAAUUCUGUGGUGUGAUGUUCAGUUAACUAAAGAUGGAGUAGGGAUUUGUGCUCCUGAUCUCAGGCUUGACAAUUCCACUGACAUUUCACUAGUUUUCAAAAAUAAAGACAAGAAUUACCUAGUGAAUGGUGCUCCCACACAAGGAUGGUUUUCAGUGGAUUUCACUUUCAAUGAUUUGAGCUCUGUCGUCUUGACACAAGGAGUUUAUUCUCGAUCUAAUAAGUUUGAUGGGAAUUUAUUUCCAAUUCAAACUGUGGAGAAUGUCACCGGACUAAAACCACCAAGCAUAUGGUUGAAUAUUCAGCAUGAUGCAUUCUUCACGCAACACAAUUUGAGCAUGAGAAGUUAUGUACUUUCUCUUUCUAAAAAAGUGGUUAUCAAUUACAUCUCAUCACCAGAGAUGGCUUUCUUGAGGGGUAUUGCUUCCCGCUUCAACCCUAAAGUAACAAAACUGGUCUUCCGAUUUCUAGGACCUAAUGAGAUUGAGCCUUCAACAAACCAGACUUACAGUGCUCUCUCAAAGAAUUUAACAUUUAUCAAGACAUUUGCCUCUGGAAUUCUUAUUCCUAAGGGUUAUAUUUGGCCUGUUGAUGCAAGUCUUUAUUUACAACCUCAUACUUCUGUUGUAUCGGAUGCACACAAGGCGGGGCUAGAAGUUUUUGCAUCAGAAUUUUACAAUGACGUUCCAUUUAGUUUCAAUUAUAGUUAUGAUCCAAUAUCUGAAUAUCUAUCUUUUGUUGACAAUGGGGACUUCUCCAUUGAUGGUGUGCUGUCUGACUUCCCAAUAACUCCAUCAGGGGCGUUUGAUUGCUUUUCUCAGAUAGGCCAAAAUGCUACAAAACAAUCCAAUGUCUUGGUCAUCUCAAAAAAUGGUGCAAGUGGAGAUUAUCCUGGUUGUACUGACAUGGCAUACCAGAAAGCUAUUUCAGAUGGUGCAGACGUCAUUGACUGUCCUGUUCAAAUGUCGAAGGAUGGGAUACCAUUUUGCUUAAGCACCAUAAAUCUUAUUGACAGUACAAAGGUUGCUCAGACCAAUUAUGGCAGCCUUGCUGCAAAUAUUCCGGAGCUUGAGAAAGGCAGUGGAAUAUAUACCUUUGACUUGACAUGGAGCCAGAUUCAAACCCUAACUCCUGCGAUAGCAAACCCAUAUGCAAUUUAUAAACUGUUCAGGAAUCCAAAGUUCAGAAAUGCUGGGAAAUUUUUGACGUUGUCUGAUUUCUUGGCCCUGGCAAAGAACACUAGCUCUCUCUCGGGUGUCUUGAUCAGCAUUGAGCAUGCAGCAUAUCUUAUAGAGAAGCAGCAAUUGCCGGUAACUGAUGCGGUACUUGGUGCCUUGAGCAAAGCUGGUUAUGAGAAUCAGACUGCGAUAGAUGUUAUGAUUCAAUCCACCAAUAGUGCUGUUCUAAUGAAGUUUAAGGACAAAAAAAAUUACAAGCUUGUUUACAAAGUUGAUGAGAAUAUUCGAGAUGCUCUUGAUGCAACCAUUGAAGACAUCAGGACUUUUGCCAAUUCUGUGGUUGUCAACAAGAAUUCCGUCUUCCCUGAUAAUUCACUGUUCCUCACUGGUGCUACAGAUGUUGUGCCAAAGUUACAAUCAGCUGGGCUCCCUGUUUAUGUAGAGCUCUUCAGCAAUGAGUUCGUAUCUCAAGCAUGGGACUUUUUCUCGGAUGCAAAUGUGGAAAUCAACUCCUAUGUCAUUGGAGCCAAUGUUAGCGGUGUUAUCACAGACUUCCCUAAAACAGCAGCCAGAUACAAAAGGAACAAAUGUUUAAAUAUGGGCAACAGUACACCUGCUUACAUGGCCCCUGUUCAGCCUGGCAGUCUCCUGCAAUUAAUUACACAGGAUUACUUGCCACCGGCUGAGGCUCCUAAUCCUGUGCUAACAGAGGCUGACGUAGCAGAGGCACCUUUGCCCCCAGUUAAGGCAAGAGGUCCAUCUUCCAGCACAGGUGAUGAAACUAGAGCCGCAGCUCCAGUGCCGCCAAAUGGGCAGCAUAAAAUUGCUGCAUGCUUCUUCCUGUCAAAUCUGGCUGUUCUCUUCUCCGUUCUAGUGCUGCUUUAAAAUUGGAAAACAAGAUCGUCCAGUGGCUUCCAUUUCCCCUUUUGUGCCAGUCUCUUUGUUCUAGGAUCAAGUAGCUUGGAGCUUUUUGUUACAUAAUUGCUCGUUGCACAUCUUAUUUCACCCCAUUUUGGUUAUUUACUGAACAGUUGGGGCACCAAAUUCUUUUUGCGUUAUUAUCCUUGUAGGUAUGUUCAUUCUUCCCCUUGUAUUUUGAGAGAACAAGUUCUUGAAAGGUACAUGUCAAGACAAAUUCAUUACCUGUUCCAUCUUUGUAAGAUAAUAUUUAUAUUCUUUGGUGUGUAUCAUCUAUGAGAAAAGUUGAGGCA